AGAAAGCCUUUUACUUCAGAAUAUUGGGGGGUGUGGAAACCCCGCCUCUUUUUUCUGCACUUUGCACCAUCUGACUAACUAAAUGGUUGUCUUCUGUACCCAAAAGGCUACCAUACAAUCUAAGGAAAUUGUCUCUGAGUAGGUCAUGUUUGCAUUUGAAGAAUUCAGUGAACAGAGUAUUUGCCAAGCCCGGGCUUCCGUGAUGGUCUACGAUGACACCAGUAAGAAAUGGGUACCAAUCAAGCCUGGACAGCAGGGAUUCAGCCGGAUCAACAUCUACCACAACACUGCCAACAACACCUUCAGAGUCGUUGGAGUCAAGCUUCAGGAUCAGCAGGUUGUGAUCAAUUAUUCAAUAGUGAAAGGGCUGAAGUACAAUCAGGCAACGCCCACCUUCCACCAGUGGCGAGACGCCCGCCAGGUCUACGGCUUAAACUUUGCCAGCAAGGAAGAGGCAACCACAUUCUCCAAUGCAAUGUUGUUUGCCCUGAACAUCAUGAAUUCCCAGGAAGGAGGCCCCUCCGCCCAGCGUCAGGUGCAGAAUGGCCCCUCUCCCGAGGAGAUGGACAUCCAGAGAAGACAAGUGAUGGAGCAGCAGCAGCACCGCCAGGAGUCUCUGGAGAGAAGGACCUCGGCCACAGGUGCCACCCCCCCGCCUCCACCCCCACUGCCAGCUGGAGGAGCCCAGGGCAGCAGCCAUGACGAAAGCUCCGUGUCAGGCCUGGCCGCCGCCCUGGCAGGGGCAAAGCUGAGGAGAGUGCAGCGGCCGGAAGAUGCGUCUGGAGGCUCCAGUCCCAGUGGGACCUCGAAGUCCGAUGCCAACCGGGCGAGCAGCGGGGGUGGUGGAGGCGGCCUCAUGGAGGAGAUGAACAAGCUACUGGCCAAGAGGAGAAAAGCAGCCUCACAGACAGACAAACCGGCUGAGAAAAAGGAAGAUGAAAGCCAAACGGAAGACCCUAGCACCUCCCCAUGCCCGGGGACCAGAGCCGCCAGCCAGCCACCUAACUCCACAGAGGCUGGCCGGAAGCCCUGGGAACGCAGCAACUCAGUGGAAAAGCCUGUGUCCUCACUGCUGUCCAGAACCCCGUCCGUGGCAAAGAGCCCCGAAGCUAAGAGCCCCCUUCAGUUGCAGCCUCACUCUAGAGUGAAGCCUGCCGGAAGCGUGAGCGACGUGGCCCUGGAUGCCUUUGACCUGGACCGGAUGAAACAGGAGAUCCUGGAGGAGGUGGUCCGGGAGCUCCACAAGGUGAAGGAGGAGAUCAUCGACGCCAUCAGGCAGGAGCUGAGCGGUGUCAGCACCACAUAGGUGGCCCUGGCCACGGAGGACGGCGAGGAGCUGCGGCCCUGACUCCCAGCACACACCACACCCAAGGAGCGGCGCCAUCAGACGCUGAGGUCUCUGCCUGUGCCCGAUGUGAAGGAAACAGUCAACUCCUGGAUUUUUUUAGAUUCUGUCCGACACAGAACACCAGGCCCACUCUUUUUUUGUAUUUUAUAUUUGCUUAUUUAAGUGUACAUUUCUUUUGGUUUAUAGAGGACACCCCAGAUCACCUGCUUCAUUAGAUGGUUUCCAAGUUUUCUUCUAGGUGACGGGCACAGUGUGGCCUUUCUGAGCAACUGUGCCGGCGACCAUGGUGUUAAAGUCUGCCCAUGCGCUGCGUGUCGUCCACACAGUAAUAAACCGUUUACUGUC